GUCUGGCAUAGUCCUUUGGCGAGUCUACUUAUAAGCACUACGUUUCGCAAGCUGUAGCUUAUUAUUGUAUAUUUUUAAGUCUUCUAUUGUUUUAAUUCAUUAAAUUGUGCAUAAAUAUAUUCCUAAAAGUUCAAAAUUUUAUUUAAUUACAAUAAAAAAUGGUUUUGGCUGAAAGAAAUUCGGAAAAUGUAAGAAACGGACGAAGAUCGAGAGGUCCCAGCCCCAAUCAAACGGAGUCUUCCAGUGAAGAAGACGGAGUUCCAGCCGAAAAAAUUAGAGUCGGUAGAGAUUACCAAGUAAUUGUACCAGAGCUUAUCCCAGUUAAUGAACGGCGUCUUGAUAAAUGUCCCGAUAGAGCUCUUUUAGUUUGGUCUCCAACUACCGAUAUACCUGAUCAAAAAUUGGAUGAAUAUAUUAUAUUAGCUAAAGAAAAGUAUGGUUAUAAUGGAGAACAAGCAUUAGGGAUGCUGUUUUGGCAUAAACAUAAUUUAGAGAGGGCAGUUCUCGAUUUGUCUAAUUUCACUCCGUUUCCUGAUGAAUGGACAGUUGAAGAUAAGGUUCUAUUUGAACAAGCCUUUCAAUUUCAUGGAAAAAGUUUUCAUCGUAUACGACAAAUGCUUCCGGAUAAAUCGAUUGCUAGUCUUGUUAAGUAUUACUAUAGUUGGAAAAAGACACGAUCAAGAACAUCAUUGAUGGAUCGACAAGCUCGAAAAUUAACUAGUGGAGGUAAGGAUGGUGAAAAUGGAAGUGAAAAUGGCAGCGAACUUGGCUCAAAUACUGAUAGUGAAUCUGAAGAAAAAAAAUGGACGAUCCACCGCGGAAUUCGCCGUGGAAAAAACCAAACUGUGCCAGGAAGUCAAGGUGCUGACGGAAAAGCUUCCUCCGACUCGGAAAACAUCCCUCAGGUUCAGGGAUCUUGUAGCAACUGCGGUGUUGCUUGUCAUAGCGUUCGUGCUACGCCCAAAGGACACGCGUGUCAUAGCUGCUAUCUGCACUGGAGGCGCACGGGUGUCGCGAGGCCUCUGAGUUCCAUGCCGGGUCGCUCAAAUAAACGGAAACCCCCACGUGGACUGGUAGUAAAUCACGACGAUCUUGCAGUCUUGGCUGGCCAGCCGAAUCAAGCAAACAACAGUUUGCUGGCUAUCGACACUGAAAUUGUUAGCCUUAAACGUCAAAUUCAAACUAAUAAACAACAAGUUAGUGCUCUAAAACGUAAAACAGCUGAUGGCAUUGAUGUUUUACGUCCUCCUGAAGUUUCUGGUCGUAUUAAUGCUCGUUGGACUAAUGAUGAAUUGCUUUUAGCAGUUCAAGGUGUAAGGAAAUAUGGAAAAGACUUUUCAGCAAUUGCUGAUGUAAUUGGAACUAAAACCGAGUCUCAUUUGCGUUCAUUUUUUGUCAAUUAUCGAAGACGAUAUAAUCUUGAUGCUGUGUUAAGAGAAUAUGAAGCUGAAAAUGGACCUAUUCUUAUUGAUGAUGAAAAAGAAGAAAAAAUGGAGGUUGAACAAACAUCGAAUAACGAAUCUCCAGAAACAUCUCAAAAGUCUAAAUCAUCAGUUAGUGUUAAUCAAUCUACAAAAUAACAGUCGACUUAUAUUGUAAGCAUAACUAUUUAAACAAAUUUAAUUUGAAUUUCCAAUUAAACAUAUAAAUCAAUUUAAAAGAAUUUCUACUAUUAUCAAUCAGAUAAUAUGUUAAAUUAUUAAAUCAACUUAUUUAUCAACAAUGAGAUUAUUUCGUAGCUUAUAGGUUUCAUUGUAAUCACACCAGAUUCGAUUUUUUUUUUUACAAAAAAAUGAUCAAAAUUAGAACAAAAGAUUUUUUUUAAAAACUUAUUAUUUAUUUACUGCACAUCAUUUUUUUAAAAUUUGUUCUCGACACUUGAAAAAUGCCACUUUAAUACAUUAAAAAAAAAAACAAAAAUAGAAAUUAUAUAUAAAUUAGUAAAAAUUUCAUUAUUCUUAAAUAAUUGCAUAAUUUUCCAUUGAACUUCGCAGUUAUGAGCCAGUGCAGCUUUAUAGAUUGAAAGAAAAUUUGUAUAUACUUGAACGAUUAUUUAUAUUAUUAAAGAUUUCUGUGUUAGCUCUAACCUAUGCAAUUAUGUAUUACUAAGUUAUACAAUUAUAUAUAUUUAUAUAUAAUAUAUAUAUAUAUAAAUAUUUAUAUAUGUAUAUGAAAAACACUUAUAAAGAAUGUUAAGGCAAUAGUAGAAACAUUUAUUAAUAUUAAGUGUGAAUUUGCUUUUAAUUA